GGGGAGGGGUUAAGUUCUUUCAGUGUGUGUCUUUCUUGAUUUACUUCUUUCAGAAAUUGGGGGAAAGGGAAAUAGCCGUAGCAGUAGUGUAGUGGCUUGUUAUUUGGAAUAGGGAAGGGAUAUUUGAAUAUUAGGGAAACUGAGAAUGGAAAUGGAAAUGGAUUAGAUCUGAAGCGGAAGAAAAUGACUAGAAUGGGCAUUCUCUCUCAAGGAUAUUUGAUUUACUUCAUUGUUGUAUUUAUAAUAAAAGAGUCUGUCUGCUCGAAGGCUCUUCAUCACCAUCAAAUCAUUAAGGUGUGGCGCACGCAAGUACAGUACAGUACGGUGCGUAAUAACACCAUACCCAGCCUGGCAUGUAUCUCCGAUGUCACGCGCGGUUCUGUUUACCACCAAACGCGACCUAUUAUUAUUUAUUUUUAUUUUCAAGAAUGUAUUUUCUAUUUUCUUCUCUUUUCCCUCUUGAUCGAAGCUCAAUCAAUCAAAUCAAUUAAACAAAAUCAUCACUGUGAUUUCAAAUCGAAGAACCCGAGACAACUCCGGUAUAAACAACGCAACGCCCCUGCUAUUAUAACUAACUACCUACCAUUGUUAUGAUUACACACACACCUGCUACCGGCAACACCACGAACGCAGUUAACUAAAAGAAUUGCGAAAUCCUCUCUGUCUCUCUCUCCGUCCCCCGUUCGCAUCGGUCGGCAGCACCCGAGAUACUCCGGUUCCUCGCACUUCUCCGACAUCCCGAAUCAUAAAUAUAAAUAUGGGGAAGCCAGUCGAUUGAUUUGGAAUCAUCCUGGCUCACAAUUUGGAAAAUUAAAAAUAAAAUAUAAUAAAAUAUAAUAAAAAUAAUAAAAAUAAUAAAAUAUAUAUAAAAAAAAUAAAAUAAAGAAGAAAGAAAGAAAAUACAAAAUACAAAAAAUAAAAUUAAAAUUAAAAAUAAAGAAAAAAAUUAAAAUUAAAAUUAAAACUAAAAACCAAAAAACCAAAAAACCAAAAAACAAGAAGACAAGGGGGGCGGCUGUGAAUCCAAAGAUUAAUAAAAAUAUUACAAUUUCCAUAUAAGUGGUUAACCCAGCAAACAGCAACAGGAUGCUCCCGAAGACGUCAUCGCGGGCUCUCUUUCUGCACACAAUUCAACAUCAUCAACCACGCCAACCCCUCUUCACCACUUCCACUUCCACUUCCACUUCCAUUUCCACCUCCAUUUCCACUUCCACUCUCACCACCACCACCACCACCACCACCACCACCACUCCUCCUCCUCCUUCCGCCCCACUACGCCUAUAUAACUCGCUCCGCCCCUUGUCGUUCUUCCUGCGCACGACAUCUACCUCCACAGCAUCAGCCUCUGCUUCCUCGCUGAGUACCAAUCGCUCCUUCACCUCUUCCGCCCGUGCCAGCUUUAGACCUACCGCCGGCACCAUGGUUGUUCAUAAUCUGAAAGACCGCGCCUCCUUCGACUCCGCCGUCGCAACAACCACCCCCGCCAGCACCGCCAGCACCGGCCAGCCCCCCAAACCGCUAAUCGUCGUCGACUGCUACGCCACCUGGUGCGGCCCCUGCAAAGCCAUCGCCCCCAAACUCGUCGAGUUCUCCGACACAUACCCAAACGUUGGCUUCUACAAGGUCGACGUCGACGAGUGCCCGGACAUCGCGCAGGAGCUGGGCGUGCGCGCCAUGCCGACCUUCAUCUUCUUCAAGGACGGCCAGAAGGUGGAUGAGGUGCUCGGGGCGAUGCCCGCGGCGAUUCUGGCGGCCAUUAAUAAGCAUGUUUCGUCGUGAGUGUGUGAGUGUUUGGGGGUGGAGGGGAAAAAGGAGGGAGGUUGAAUGGUAUAUUCUGGUUUUGGCUGCUUUUUGCCUUUUUUUUUUUUUUUUUUUUUUUUUUGUAUACUUAGUAUGGAAUGGUUUCCCGGUGAGGGAUUGGGAAUGGGAAAUGUGGUAAAUUACAUAUGAUAUAAAAAAAAAAAAACCGGAGACAGAAGAAAAUAACAAGGAUGUGAUUUGAUUUUAAUAUCUUGAAUAUGAAUGAUAGAUAUUUGUAUUAAUCAGAAAAGGGAAGAAAUGAGUGAAUCAUAUUUAAAACAGUGAUUUCUUAUAUACUAUAACUACUGUGUUGUAUCAUAUGAGUAUUCUAGAUUCACUCUUUUUAACUAAAGAAUUGCUGAUGAGAUUGAAGACUGAGAUUAACUAUUAAAAGAAUGAA